GCCGCGAGCCGCCCGAACGUGCUCCCCGUGAAGCCCCGCAGAGGGGGGAGAGGAGGAGGGUGCGGAGCGUGUCGUGGGGCCUGGCUCGGGCUGAGCCAGGGGAAGGAGAAGCCUCUGGAAAGGGGGAGCUCGGGGCGCAGAGCUGGAGGCCAACAGACCAUGGAGCUGAAAUGGCUACUGUAUGUGACCCUGCUGGCUCUUGGGAUCCUUGCUGCCCAGGCACAUGAUGUGGAUGAAGACAACGAUGCCGAUGAUGUAGUUGAUAUCGAGGAUGACUUGGACGAUGGCAUUGAGGAGGUAGAAGAGUCAAAAUCUGAAACAAGCAGUCCUCCUCCAGCUCCAAAGGUUACCUACAGGCCCCCCGUCCCAACCGGUGAAGUGUAUUUUGCGGAAUCGUUUGAUAAAGGAACUCUGGAUGGAUGGAUCCUUUCCAGAGCCAAGAAAGAUGAUACGGAUGAUGAGAUUGCAAAAUAUGAUGGUAAAUGGGAAGUCCAAGACAUGAAGGACACUAAGCUUCCAGGAGACAAAGGGCUUGUACUGGUAACCCGAGCCAAGCAUCAUGCAAUUUCAUCCAAACUCUCAAAGCCAUUUGUGUUUGAUACCAAACCCCUUAUUAUACAGUAUGAGGUAAACUUCCAAAAUGGAAUAGAGUGUGGUGGGGCCUAUGUGAAAUUGCUUUCAAAAACCCCGGAGCUGAACCUGGACCAGUUCCAUGACAAAACUCCAUAUACAAUAAUGUUUGGCCCUGACAAGUGUGGAGAGGACUAUAAAUUGCACUUCAUCUUCCGGCACAAAAACCCAAAGACUGGCAAAUAUGAGGAGAAACAUGCAAAGCGUCCAGAUGCAGACCUGAAGAGUUACUUUACUGAUAAGAAGACUCAUCUUUAUACUCUAGUCUUGAAUCCUGAUAAUAGUUUUGAGAUACUGGUUGAUCAAACGGUUGUCAACAGUGGGAAUUUGCUAAAUGAUAUGUCUCCUCCUGUGAAUCCACCUCGAGAGAUUGAGGAUCCAAAUGACCAGAAGCCUGAGGACUGGGAUGAGAGACCAAAAAUCCCAGACCCAGAUGCUGUUAAACCAGAUGACUGGGAUGAGGAUGCUCCUGCAAAGAUCGCAGAUGAAAACGCUGUGAAGCCAGAGGGCUGGCUGGAUGAUGAGCCAGAAUAUGUAGCAGACCCUGAUGCUGAGAAGCCUGAAGAUUGGGAUGAAGAUAUGGAUGGGGAAUGGGAGGCACCUCAGAUUGCAAAUCCUAAAUGUGAGGCAGCUCCUGGCUGUGGUACCUGGCAGCGCCCAAUGAUUGACAAUCCCAACUACAAAGGCAAAUGGAAGCCUCCUAUGAUCGAUAACGUGAACUAUCAGGGUAUAUGGAAACCUAGGAAGAUCCCAAACCCAGAUUUUUUUGAAGACUUGGAACCUUUCAAGAUGACUCCCUUCACUGCCGUGGGACUUGAGUUAUGGUCCAUGACAUCUGACAUCUUUUUUGACAACUUUAUCAUCUGUACUGAAAGAGCUGUGGCUGAUGAUUGGGCCAAUGAUGGAUGGGGACUGAAAAAGGCAGCUGAUGGUGCUGCAGAGCCUGGUGUUGUGGGCCAGAUGAUGGCAGCUGCUGAAGAGCGUCCCUGGCUUUGGGUGGUCUACAUUCUCACUGUGGCUUUGCCAGUGUUCCUUGUUGUCCUUUUCUGCUGUUCUGGGAAGAAACAGCCAAGUGCUGCAGAAUACAAAAAGACUGAUGCUCCUCAGCCUGAUGUGAUGGAUGAUGAGAAAGAGGAAGAAAAAGACAAAGGGGAAAAAGAAGAGGAAGAGGAGGAGGAGGAAGCAAAUGAGGAAAAGCUGGAAGAAAAGCAGAAAGGUGAUGCUGAUCCAGGAAAUGCUAGUCAAGAGGAGGAGGAAGAGGAGGAGGAAGAUGACAGGAAACAUGCAUCAGAGGAGGAGGAAACUGUGAAUAGAUCACCCAGAAACAGAAAGCCAAGGAAAGAUUGAAAAAAAGUCAUAAGAACUUGAUCUGUGAUUUUUUUUUGUUUUGGUUUGGUUUUUUGUUUUGAAACAUGGUUCUGGGAGAGGACCUUGGACACCUUACAUUGAAACUUGGACAAACCUCAAGAUUUCACCAUCCACAGGUUCCAGUCACACUAUCCAAUGUAAUGGAGUGUCUAGCAGUAAAAUAUUUGCAAUCAUCUGUUUUAAAGAGCAUCAUUCCUGUAGAAAGAAUGCAUUUAAUAUAAUGGGCUGUGGAUUUUGGAAUGUAACAUAACUAACCUUUUCAUUUUUGGUUUUAAAUAUUCUUUUCUGUUUUUAAGUAGAUUGGUAGAAUUUUUCCAGUCUCAAACCUUGGCUUAAUUUAAUAUAUUAAUUAGUGAAAUAUAACAAUGAAUCUUGAAAGUGCUAGGUGAUAAAAAAUGCAGUUUUAUAACUAGUUUUUUUUACAAAUAUGUAAAUUCCUAAAUGCACCGAUGUCUUUAUAUCCCUUAAAAUUUGGUAAUUGUUUAAAGAAAACUUAUCAAUGUCUUUGACAACCCCUCUGCCUUCAAAAGAAAAAACUAGGAGGGGAUGUGUGGGGAAACAAGUAGUGAAACUGUAAUUAAUUAACUUCAUUCUUUUGGGGGGAGGGGAAAGAGGAAGAAGGGGUGGAAGGAGGGGGUUAGACAGUCUAUAGCAUAUGACACUGUGCAUGGCUAAAGCCCUGCUAAGUGUUGACAAACUAUCUGGGAUUUGGAGUGGGUCAUCUUGAUUGUGGCAUUUCAUCCUGCAGACCUUGCAGAUAAUCGAUUUUUGUUUGUUCUUGAGCUCUUCUCUGUGCAGCCGAGGGGUUGGGGGGGAGGUGUGGUUGGGCUACUUCCCCCUUUCCCCUCUGCUGGGCCACCGAUUGUGUCCUCUCUGCGUGACGAUGCAGCUCUUGCUGAGAGCGGCUCUGCCUCAGUUGCUGAAGCACUUCAUGUUCAGCUCUUUGUCAAGCUCGAUUUCAUAGCUAGGCCUACUCCUUUCCAGGGUCCAAACACUGAAUUAGACAGUGUCCCAUUAUCCUCUCACUGUUGUCACUGUAUGUCUGCUGUAGAAACGGGGGAGGUAGGGCAGGUACAUGAGUUGAACUGAGUAUUUGUUAAGG